AUGGGAUUAUUCGAUCAAGUCAAAGAGAAAUUGGGCGACGAGAACUUCAGAAACGAGGUCAAGGAGAAGGCUACCAGCGCCUACAACAGCUACAAAAACAAGAAAAGCAACGAUUCGAGCGAUUCUUAUGGAUCGGGAAGAGACAACAGCUACGGGUCUUCUGGAAGGGACAAUGAUAACUACAAAUCCGGAAGAGACAACGACAGCUCGAACUCGUACGGAUCUAGCUCGAACUCGUACGGCUCUGGCAGAGAUAACUCUGAUUCCUACGGAUCUGGCAGAGAUGAUUCCUACGGCUCUGGCAGAAAUAACUCUGACUCCUACGGCUCUGGCAGAGAUAACUCCGAUUUCUACGGAUCUGGCAGAAAUAACUCUGAUUCUUACGGCUCUGGCAGAAAUAACUCUGAUUCUUACGGCUCUGGCAGACAUAACUCUGAUUCUUACGGCUCUGGCAGAGAUGAUUCCUACGGCUCUGGCAGAGAUAACUCCGAUUUCUUCGGCUCUGGCAGAGAUAACUCUGAUUCCUACGGCUCCGGCAAUUCAAACUCGUUCGGAUCUAACAGAAACGACUCCUACGGUUCUGGCAGAGACAAUUCCGACUCGUACGGAUCCAACAACGACUUUGCUGGCAGAGGCUCCGACUCGUACGGCUCUGGCAGAGACUCUUAUGGUUCUAGAAACGACUACUAA